GCACGUCCUCUCGGAGUGGGUUACGUGCGCGCGUCCCAAAACCCCCCGAUUCACAAAACUCGCAACUCUGCUUCGAGUUGGGCACAAGUUCCUCCCCGACUGCAUCAGAUCAACCCGGACAGUGCUGCACGGACACGGAGGGCUGAGUCCAGCUGGCCAUCUUCCAUCGCUCUGCUGGUCAUCCGUCUCCAUGACUUUUUUUGGAUAAUGAACAGAACCAAGAAUGAUGUUUUUUUUUAAAAACCACAUGACGCAGACUUUUUGAUAAACCAGAGAGAACAUCCCCUUUAUUUCAGCAGCUACUGGCUCAACAAGGGGGGGUUUGGUUGCCUGUAAUAUGACAGAGACGUAAAGUGCGUGCGCGCAGAUUGUUGGAGUUUUGGAUCUCACCUCGGACAGUGGGGCUGGCUGGGGGGUGUCCAUCGGGACGCGAGGGGCAGCGGGAUGGUGCGCCUGUUGGAGUGCCUGCUGCUGGGAUAUCUGACCUGCAACCUGCGGAUAUCGGACGCCCAGGGCGAGUACUGCCACGGCUGGCUGGACACCAACGGGAAUUACCACGAGGGCUUCCAGUGUCCGGAGGACUUCGACACCACGGACGCCACCGUGUGCUGCGGCUCGUGCGCGCUGCGCUACUGCUGCGCGGCCCCGGACGCGCGCCUGGACCAGGGCACGUGCACCAACGACCGGGAGGUGGACAACACCGAGUUUGCAGCGCAGCCGGUUUACGUGCCGUUCCUGAUGGUGGGGAGCAUCUUCGUGGCCUUCGUGGUCGUGGGCUCGCUGGUGGCCGUGUACUGCUGCACGUGUCUGCGGCCCAAGCAGCCCACCCAGCAGCCAAUCCGCUUCUCCCUGCGCAGCUGCCAGGGCGAGACCAUCCCCAUGAUCCUCACCGCCGCCGCCGCCGGCCCCCCCAGCCUGCGCGCCCCGUCGCGGCAGUCCAGCACGGCCACCACCAGCUCCAGCUCGGCCGGGGGGUGCGGCUCCACCAGGAGGUUUUCCCUCGGGGGUCCGGGGGGCGGUCAGGGUGGUCAGCACGGCUGCCUGGUGUCCGCCGCCGUCUCCUCCACGCCCGCCCAGACCCUGCCCCCGCCGCCGCCCCCCCCGCCCUACACCUCCCCCCCGCCCGUCCAGCACCCGCUGCCCGCCGCUCACGGCCAGCUGCAGCUCCACCAGCCCCCCCACCCCCCGCAGGGCGCCGCCUUCCUCCUGCCCCAGCAGUACUUCUUCCCCCUGCAGCCCGACGCCUUCGCGGCAGCGGCCAAGGGCUUCGCAGACUUCGGGCAGAGCUGA